AUGACUUCCGAUUUCGAAGCUUGGAUUUGCAAAGCUUGUAAGUCAUCUGAAGGAUUUGGUCCCAUAUCCUUUUAUGGUGACUUCACACAAUGUUUCAUCGAUGGAGUGAUUUUAAAUUUAGCGUCUCUAUUUAUGUUGAUCUUUGGUACAAGGCAAUUGAUUCGAUUAUGUACUAUGAAGCACCCCGGGGUGAAAUAUAGAAGAAAUUGGAUCAUCGUUUCUAGAAUUUCACUAGUCCUAUUACAAAUCUGUUUUACCGCAUUAUCAUGCUUGAAUUUACCACAUCAUAAGCACAAGGAUUUUACCGUUAUAAGUCAAUACACUUUAACAUUGUUAUCGCUAUUUGUGGCCGUAUCCUUACAUUGGAUUGAAUAUCAUAGAUGUAAAGUGGCAAGCAGCAUUGUUCUGUUCUACUGGUUAUUCGAAUCUGUUGGUAAUAUUGCCAAAGUGAUUAAUUUCUUAAUUAGACACACAUACGAGGAUAAAUGGACUUUUGGUCACAUCGUCUUUAUUUUCACAGUAUUCCAAAGUAUUGUUUCUGUUGCUGUAUUGUUAUUGGAAGCACUACCUACAAAGCCAUUGAUGCCAUAUCAAGAAAUUCAAGAACACUUAUCAAGAAGAAAAGUGAAUCCUUAUGAUACCGCAAAUAUCUUUUCCAGAAUCACCUUCUCGUGGAUGUCUGAAUUGAUGCAAAUUGGUUACAAGAAAUAUUUAAUGGAAACUGAUUUAUACAAAUUACCAGAAAGCUUUAAUAGUUCUGAAUUAUCUGAUAAAUUUGAACAUAAUUGGGAACACCAAAUUAAACAUAAAGCAAAUCCUUCCCUAGCUUGGGCUUUACUUUUCACUUUUGGUGGUAAAAUGAUAUUGGCGGCUUUAUUUAAAGGUAUUCACGAUUUGAUGGCUUUCACACAACCACAAUUAUUGAGAAUUUUGAUUAAAUUUGUUAAUGAUUAUAACGAGGAACAUAAAGAUGAUUUGGAUGCCUCUUUUAUCAUGAAAUACCGUCAUUUACCAAUAGUUAGAGGUUUCAUGCUUGGUAUUGCUAUGUUUUUAGUAGGGUUUACUCAAACUUCUGUUUUACAUCAAUACUUCUUGAAUUGUUUUAAUACAGGUAUGAAUAUUAGAAGUGCAUUAACUUCUGUCAUUUACCAAAAGGCUCUUGUAUUAUCUAACGAGGCCUCUGCUACCUCGUCUACUGGUGACAUUGUCAACUUAAUGAGUGUGGAUGUUCAGAAAUUGCAAGACAUGUGCCAAUUUAUUCAAUUAUUAUGGUCUGCACCAUUCCAAGUUAUUUUAUGUUUGGUUUCCCUUUAUAAACUUUUAGGGAAAUCAAUGUGGGUUGGUGUCCUUAUCCUAGUUAUUAUGAUUCCUAUCAAUUCAUAUUUGGUAAGAGUUCAAAAGAAAUUACAAAAGUCACAAAUGACAUACAAAGAUGAGAGAACUCGUGUUAUUAGUGAAAUGUUGAAUAAUAUCAAAUCGUUGAAAUUAUACGCCUGGGAAGUUCCAUACAGACAGAAGUUGGAGAACGUGAGAAAUAAUAAAGAAUUGAAGAACUUAACCAAAUUAGGUUGUUACAUGGCAUUGAUGAGUUUUCAAUUUAAUGUUGUCCCAUUCUUAGUGUCUUGUUGUACAUUCGCCGCCUUCAUUUACACUGAAAAUAGACCAUUGACUACCGAUUUAGUAUUCCCAGCAUUAACACUUUUCAAUCUACUACACUUCCCAUUGAUGGUUAUUCCAAACGUUUUGACUAUGAUUAUAGAAACUUCAGUGUCUAUCGGUAGAUUGUUCUCCUUCUUAACCAACGAGGAAUUGCAAAAGGAUGCUGUACAACGUUUACCAAAGGUAACAAAUAUCGGCGAUGUGGCUAUCAAUGUCGGUGAUGAUGCUACUUUCUUGUGGCAACGUAAACCAGAAUACAAAGUUGCUUUGAAGAACAUUAAUUUCCAAGCCAAAAAGGGUGAAUUGACAUGUAUCGUCGGAAAGGUCGGUAGUGGUAAGAGUGCAAUGAUUCAAAGUAUAUUAGGUGAUCUAUUCAGAGUGAAAGGGUUUGCCACCAUUCAUGGGAACGUUGCGUAUGUCUCUCAAGUCGCCUGGAUUAUGAAUGGUACUGUCAAAGAAAAUAUUUUGUUCGGCCAUAAAUAUGAUGAAGACUUUUAUCAAAAGACGAUCAAGGCUUGUGCUCUAACAAUCGAUUUGGCAGUAUUAAUGGAUGGAGAUCAAACUCUAGUUGGAGAAAAGGGUAUUUCACUUUCUGGUGGUCAAAAGGCUCGUUUAUCUUUGGCAAGAGCUGUUUACUCAAGAGCUGAUACUUACUUACUAGAUGACCCAUUGGCAGCAGUCGAUGAGCAUGUUGCAAGACAUUUGGUUGAACACGUCCUAGGUCCAAACGGUCUAUUGCACACCAAGACCAAGGUUUUGGCAACAAAUAAGGUGUCUGUUCUAUCCAUUGCCGAUUCAGUUUCUCUUUUAGAAAAUGGUGAAAUUGUUCAACAAGGUACCUACGAUGAAAUUAUGAAAGAUGAUUCAUCCCCCUUAAGUAAGUUAAUUACAGAAUAUGGUAAGAAAUCUACUGAUUCCACGUCUAAUGUUACUCCUUCGACAUCAAGUUCCAAUAUUCACGAACAAAGCGUCCCAUUGGAAGCCGAAUUGAAAGAAUUGAAGAAAUUGGAAGAUAUGCAAUUGGUCACAAACGAAGUUCAAAGUUUAAGAAGAGCAAGUGAUGCUACUUUACGCAGUAUUGACUUUGGUGAGGAUGAAGAUACAGCCAGAAGGGAACACCGUGAACAAGGUAAAGUUAAUUGGAAGAUCUAUAUCGAGUAUGCCAAGGCUUGUAACCCUAGAAACGUCUUAAUUUUUGCAUUUUUCGUCGUCUUGUCCAUGUUCCUUUCCGUGAUGGGUAGUGUUUGGUUAAAACACUGGUCUGAAAUCAAUACAAAGUACGGAAGUAAUCCCCACGCAGCUCGUUAUUUACUUAUUUAUUUCGGUUUAGGCUGUUUCUCUGCUUUGUCUACUUUAAUCCAGACUAUCAUUCUAUGGGUCUACUGUACUAUUCGUGGUUCCAAAUAUUUACACAAUUUGAUGACUGUUGCAGUGCUGAGAGCCCCAAUGACCUUUUUUGAAACUACUCCAAUUGGUCGUAUUCUGAAUAGGUUCUCCAACGAUGUUUAUAAAGUCGAUUCAGUAUUGGGUAGAACGUUCUCUCAAUUCUUUGUGAAUGCAGUUAAAGUUUCUUUCACGAUUAUCGUUAUUUGUUUUACAACUUGGCAAUUUAUCUUCAUCAUCAUUCCCUUAGGUGUGUUCUAUAUUUAUUAUCAACAAUACUUCCUUAGAACAUCAAGAGAAUUACGUCGUUUGGAUUCCAUUACCAAAUCUCCUAUUUUCUCUCAUUUCCAAGAAACAUUGGGUGGUAUUACCACAAUUAGAGGUUACCAACAACAACAUAGAUUUACACAUAUUAACCAAUGCCGUGUUGACAACAAUAUGAGUGCAUUUUAUCCAUCUGUCAAUGCAAACCGUUGGUUAGCAUACAGAUUGGAAACUAUUGGUUCCCUUAUUAUCUUAGGUGCGGCAACCUUAUCUGUUUUUAGAUUGAGACAAGGGACGCUAACUGCAGGUAUGGUUGGUUUAUCUUUAAGUUAUGCAUUGCAAAUUACACAGUCCUUAAACUGGAUUGUUAGAAUGACAGUCGAAGUAGAAACAAACAUUGUUUCUGUCGAAAGAAUAAAAGAAUAUUCUGACUUGAAGAGCGAAGCACCAGCAGUAAUCGAAGACCAUAGACCAGCUGAAACAUGGCCUGAUGAAGGUGACAUUAAAUUUGAACAUUAUUCUACACGUUACAGACCUGAAUUAGACUUAAUCUUGAAGGACAUUAAUGUUCACAUUAAACCCAAGGAAAAAGUCGGUAUUGUGGGUAGAACUGGUGCUGGUAAGUCAUCUUUAACAUUGGCUUUAUUUAGAAUCAUUGAAGCUAGCUCGGGUAGAAUUGUCAUCGACAAUGUUCCAAUUAAUGAAAUUGGUCUUUAUGACUUAAGGCAUAAACUAUCAAUUAUUCCUCAAGAUUCGCAAGUAUUUGAGGGGACAGUUCGUGAAAAUAUAGACCCAACGAAUGAAUACACUGAUGAACAAAUUUGGAAUGUAUUAGCGUUAUCACAUCUAAAGGAUCACAUAAUUUCAAUGGGUGACGAAGGAUUGAACAAUCAAUUGACAGAAGGUGGUAACAACUUAAGUGUGGGCCAAAGACAAUUAUUAUGUCUAGCAAGAGCUCUGUUAGUCCCAUCAAAGAUUUUAUUAUUGGAUGAAGCUACAGCCGCUGUGGACGUUGAAACUGACAAGGUUAUUCAAGAAACGAUUCGUACAGCUUUUAAGGAUAGAACAAUUUUAACUAUUGCCCAUAGAAUAAACACCAUUAUGGACAGUGACAGAAUAAUAGUACUAGAUAAUGGUACGAUUAAGGAGUUUGAUUCACCCGAAAAGUUGUUGGAGAAUCCUUCCUCUUUGUUUUACUCCUUAUGUCAAGAAGCAGGUUUACAGAACAAAUAA